GGUGCAAUAAAAAUGCAUCCCGUGAAACUGCCCAUGGAGAAAGACGAGACGGAGCCUGCGGAGCAGCAGCAGCAGCAGCAGCAGCAGCGAGCCGAGGCGCGGCGAGAAGAGCGGGACGCCCGGGAGGCGGCGGCGGCGGCGGCGGCCGGGAACUGAAAGGUCUCGGAGAGUUCAGCGGCCGCGGCGGGCGACCGAGCGGGCCAGCGGGCGGGAGGCGGCUCGGCUAUGCCCGGGCCCCGCCAGCCGCUCCCGCGGCGUGCCCGAGGGACCCGCGGCAUCCCGGCGCCCUAGACGGAGAGGAGCCCCAGCGCCCGAGCACGCCCGCCUGCGCCCGGCCAUGGGCAGCUGCGCCCGCCUCCUGCUCUUCUGGGGCUGCUCGGCCGUGGCCGCAGGACUGAGUGGUGUAACUGGAGUAGGUUCCCACUGUGAAAAGGCAUGUAACCCUCGGAUGGGAAAUUUGGCUCUUGGGAGGAGACUCUGGGCAGACACCACCUGUGGCCGGAACUCCACAGAGCUGUACUGUUCUUACAGCGAGAAUACUGACCUGACUUGCAAGCCUCCCAAGUGUGACAAGUGCAAUGCUGCACACCCUCACCUGGCUCACCUGCCCUCCUCCAUGGCAGACUCAUCCUUCCGGUUUCCCCGUACUUGGUGGCAGUCAGCUGAAGAUGCUCACAGGGAGAAGAUCCAACUGGACCUCGAGACUGCAUUCUACUUCACUCACCUGAUUAUGGUGUUUAAGUCACCUAGACCAGCAGUCAUGGUUCUAGAGCGAUCACAAGAUUUUGGGAAAACUUGGAAACCUUACAAGUAUUUUGCCGCCAAUUGCUCUGCUACCUUUGGCCUAGAGGAUGAUGUUUUUGAGAAAGGAGCCAUUUGUACUUCCAGAUACUCCAGUCCCUUUCCCUGUACUCGAGGAGAGGUCAUCUAUAGAGCCCUGUCCCCACCCUAUUCUGCUGAGGACCCGUACAGCGCCAGCGCCCAGGACCAGUUAAAGAUCACUAACCUCCGUGUGCAGCUUCUGAAGCGCCAGCCUUGUCCCUGCCAGGGCAACGACCUAAACGCGAAGCCCCAGCAUUUCACACACUAUGCCAUUUAUGAUUUCAUCGUCAAGGGCAGCUGCUUCUGUAACGGCCACGCGGAUCACUGUGGGCCCACCGACGGCUUUCGGCCCGUCAAGGUAGCGGGAGCAUUCCAAGUGGUGCAUGGAAAGUGUACGUGUAAGCACAACACCGCAGGCUCCCACUGCCAGCACUGUGCCCCCCUCUACAAUGACCGGCCCUGGCAGGCUGCAAAUGGAAAGACGGGGGCCCCGAACGAAUGCAGAACCUGCAAGUGCAAUGGCCAUGCUGACACAUGUCACUUUGACAAGGAUGUGUGGCGAGCAUCAGGAAAUCGGAGUGGUGGAGUGUGUGACAAUUGUCAGCACAACACAGAAGGCCAGCAUUGCCAGCGGUGCAAGCCAGGCUUCUACCGGGAUCUUCGAAGGCCCUUCUCUGCCCCAGAUGCCUGCAAGUUGUGCUCCUGUCACCCCACCGGGUCAGCUGUCCUUCCCUUCGGCUCAGCACCCUUCUGUGACCCCAGCAAUGGGGACUGCCCCUGCAAACCUGGCGUGGCAGGCCCACAUUGCGACAAGUGCAUGGUAGGAUACUGGGGUUUUGGAGAGUACGGCUGCCGACCGUGUGACUGCGCCGGAAGCUGUGACCCCCUCACAGGGGACUGCAUCAGCAGCAGCGCAGACAUUGACUGGUACCAUGAACUUCCAGACUUCCAUCCCGUGUUUAACCAGAGUGAACCAGCCUGGGAAUGGGAAGAUGAACAAGGAUUCUCAGCUCUUCGACAUUCAGGUAAAUGUGAAUGUAAAGAACAAUCGUUAGGAAACCCCAAAAUCUUCUGUGGGAUGAAGUAUUCAUAUGUGCUAAAAAUAAAGAUUUUAUCAGCUCAUGAUAAAGGCUCCCAUGCUGAAGUCAAUGUGAAGAUCAAAAAAGUGUUGAAAUCCAACAAAUUAAAGAUUCUACGGGGAAAGAGAACACUCUACCCAGAGUCUUGGACCAACAGAGGAUGCACUUGCCCAAUCCUUAAUCCUGGUUUGGAGUACCUUAUCGCAGGACAUGAAGAUGUAAGAACCGGAAGACUAGUUGUAAAUAUGAAAAGUUUCGUUCAGCACUGGAAACCAGCUCUUGGAAGAAGAGUCAUGGAGAUUCUCAAAAGAGAUUGCAAGUAACGGCAAAGGUGUGUGGUCCCCAAUAGCAUUUUUUUCUAUGCACAAAAUGCAAACUUAAUGGAGAGGACACCUCAAAAAUGAAACUGGAAUGUAAAAAAAAAAGUGCCAAAAUGCAUAGAGAAGUAUUGUAAUAGGUUUCAUCUGAUCCCUUCUUUGACAAAUGUUUAAGUUAUAUAUGAUAACUUCUCUGGGAAAAGUUGAUGAUUAUUUGCAUAAAGAGAUAGAAAAUUAAACAAGGUGUUGAUAACUGGCCUCUAUGGGACUGAUUCUGAAAUUUAUAUAUGAUGGGGAAGCACUAUAAUAGCAUCAUAAUAUUUUGCAGUUAUCCAUUAAGACUAUGUGUCUAAGACCUACCAGCAUCUAAGAUGUUGCUUGCAUUUCAUGCUAUUUAAAGGCAUUAGCAGGAUUCUAGCUAAGCACCCCAAGGACCCCGUGUCAACAAAGGUAUUUCUUAAAAGAGCCUUAUUUUGUUCACUAUGUAUGAACUCUGGUCUGUAAGAUGUUAAAUGGAUCCUCUCCACAUGUAAAUAAUCUUUCCUUGUAUAAAGCACUUUACUGCCUACCACUUUGUUUAUGGAAGUUUGGAGUUUUUACUGAGAGAAGGGAAAGAAGAUAAUGGGGGUGGUGGGGAGGGGGAAACUCCAGGAACUGAAGCGCCCACCCACACCCUCUAAGUAUGGAAUGAAAUUUGACAGUAAAAGAGGCUGUCCACCGACCGCUUGGAGAAAUUUUCUGAAGAUGCAAUCUUUAAAAAGUAAAUGUGUUUGCACUGAAGUCCCAACUUCAGACCAGUGUUUAGAUCCUGCAGAUAUAUGCUGUGAUGAAACAUUUUUAAAAAAUAAAUUAAACAAGAAAAGACUUUAAAAUAAGAUGAUAUAAUCAUCAGUAAA